AUGACAACACUACAAAAGGAUGACGAAAGUACGUUUUCUAAUACUGAACCUAAGAGGGUAAAAGUGUAUAUAUUAGAAAAUAAUGAAUGGAAGGAUACAGGUACAGGAUUUUGUACAGGUGAAGUAUCAACUUUUAGUCCUUCCUCAUCAACAAGUAUAGAUUCUAAUGAAGAUGUACAAGAAAAAUCUGCAUUUUUAAUGGUGAGUAAUGAAGAAUUUCCAACUAACAUUUUAUUGAAAUCAAAAUUAGAAGGAAAUAUCGAAUAUCAAAGACAAGAAGAAACAUUGAUUGUGUGGAAGGACCUCGAAGGACAUGACAUCGCAUUAAGUUUUGAGGAGAGUCUUGGUUGUGAUAGAUUAUGUGAUUUUAUUGUUCAAGUACAAAAACAUAUUGCGAAGAAUAUUUCAUUAGUGGCGGUUAGAUCAGGAGAUGAAGGAGUUGGGUCUAUACAUGAAAUUAUAACAGCACCAGUAUCUCUGCCAAAUAUUGACGACAAACAAGACACAGAAAAAUUAUAUGAAGCCCUUAAAAUAUUAAAUGAAAAUACAGCAUAUCAAUUUUUGAAAAAUGAAACAGUAGAAUUUGUAUUACAAAAUGAUUAUAUUAAGAUUUUGAUCGACUAUUUUUCAGUUGCUGAAGAUAAUAGAGCAUUAAAAGAUUUAUUUCUAUUAAGUAAUAUUAUUAAGACUCUAAUCUUGUAUAAUCAAAGAGACAUAUUGGAAAAUAUGGUUGAUGAUGAUCAUAUUAUGGGUGUUGUCGGUAUAUUAGAGUAUGAUACGGAAUUUCCAAAUGUUAAAUCAAACCAUAGAGAAUAUUUAAAGACGGGUGCUCCAACCUUUAAAGAAAUUUUACCUUUAGAGAAUAAAGACUUGAAACUAAUUGUCAAGAAAUGUUUUAGAUUGCAAUUUUUAAAGGAUGUUGUAUUAGUGCGGUUUUUGGAUGAUCAUAAUUUUAAUCUAUUCAUGGAUAUUAUUUUGGAUCUUCAAACAUGCAUUAUCGAUUUCUUGGAGGUCGAUCCUUUCUUAGACAAUAUAUUGAAAUUGUAUGAUUUAACAAAAGAGGAGGAAAAAGGGUUUCCAGACUUGGAAGAGAAAAGAAAUGAUGGUAUAAAACUUUUACACCAAUGUGUUCAAAUGUCGAAAAAUUUAGAAGAAAGAGAUAAGACUAAAUUCUAUAAGGCUUUAGUAAGAAUGGGUUUAUUCAACGUUUUAAGUUAUGCAUUUUAUGUUGUAACCGACCCAAAUAUUAGAAUCUUGGCCACUGAAACUAUUAUUACAAUCAUUGAACAUGAUAUAUUGUUAAUCCGUAACGCUGCAUCCAAAAACUCGAAAUUAGAUUCAAGAAGAAAAUCACCAAUACCAGGAUCACAAAACUCUGAAGAUAGAUUAGAAAAUUUGACUCCAAUGUCUGAUGAGAUGAAACUAUUAAAAAUUUUAUCCAAAAUAUUAUUAACGGAUAAAAACCCUGGUUUACGAGAACAGAUUGUACAAGCAUUGAAUACACUACUACAUCCUGAAGGAUGUUUUAAUAGCCUCGAUGGUGAUUUUGAUGGAAUGGGUUCUGGAUCGAUGUUGAAUGAUUUUAAUUAUCGUUUAAAUCCAGAACGCGAUAAUGAUUUUACUUCAUCGACCUCCGUGAACAACGAAUACACAAGUGAAAAAGAGAUGAAUACUUCACUGGAAUCAUUAGAUAAUGAUCAAGAAUUCCAACUACAAGAAUAUUUUAAUGAUUUUUACAAGUUGAUAGCACCUAUCCUUUUUUCUCCUAUGAUAGAGAAAAAGAAUACCACUAAUAAAAUAAAUGAAGAGAAAGAACAAUACGAUGACUUCCUCUUGAUUCAAUUAGUGAAACUGAUUUCAUUCAUUGGCACUGAACAUACUCGUAUUACAUCUCGGAAAUUUAUUCUAGAAUCUGAUAUUUUGAAACAAGUGUGUCGUCUAAUAAAACCAGGCCAUAUCUUACAAUUACGAUUAACAGCAGUAAGAUGUAUUAAAAAUAUUAUAUCCUUGGACGAUAAAUAUUAUCAUAGGUAUCUAAUGACUAAUAAUCUUUAUGAUAAUAUAUUUGAACUUCUGGAAGAAAACAAGCAACAGGACAAUUUAACUAAUUCAUGCAUCCAAGAUUUUUUCAAAAUUAUUUCAAGUAAAUGUAUUGCUUCAAACAUGGAUAAAAAUAGUAUAGAAGAACUUCGUCAACAAACUGGUAUAACUAUUAGCAAGAAAAACAAUUUUUCUGUAUUGAAUAAAUAUCUUGUUAAUAGGUUCCGUGAUAAAUUAUCAGAACUUUUAGAUAUUCCUUCUGUUGGGGUUAUGAUUAGUUUAUGUGAAGCAGAUAAGAAUGAAACUGAAAAGAAAUCAAAGACUUCAAAUGAUCAUAUGUUAUCAAAAGUGGAUACAAUAAAGGAAGAAGAUGAAGAUGUUCCAAUGAGUCUUUCUCAAACGUCGUCUGUUGAACAUUCUAAAAAAUCUGAAAUACGGAAAAGAGUGCAUGAAGACAUUGAUCAGCUAGACGUUGCGUCAACUAAUAAAAUAGAAACUAGUAUCCCAAAUGGUCUUCCCCCAAAACGCCAAAAUUGA